CAUUCCAUGAUAAGGCAUUCCAUUUCAUAUAUUGGAUAGAUGAAUGCUAUCUGAAUCAGAUAGAUGCAUGCCCAUCUCAUGAAAUUCCUUCGCCGGCGACGUUGAGACGAGUUUCACUGGCACGAAUUUAAUCUCAUAUCCUCUCUUCCCUUCAACGAAUGUGCCACGAUUUUCAUUCGUCUCUCGUAAAUACGAAAUAUUCCCAAUUAAAUUAAAUACAAGGGCAGACAAAUUAUUAAAUUAACUAAUUUUUUCUCUCUCUAGGGUAGAGUGAUAUUGACUGAUGCGAAUUCAAUCUAUUGGAGUCAAAUGUCCACCUGCCUUAUCUGGAUUUUUGGAGUUCGGAGGUUCAGGAUUGAAUGAAAUUUAAUUUCUAAUUGCAAAUUAGACUAUACACAUCAUAAUAUUCAAGAUGGAACAGAUGUCCAAGGACGCCUGCUGUCUUCUCUGUUUCAAAUCACUGGAAGAUGUUGAAGCCAGGAGUCGUCGCUCCUUCCCACCAUCAGAAGUCCUCCCCUUCAAGGCCAUGAAGAUCGAACUCUUUUGCGACCUGCUUACACAACGUCGAUCCGCCAUGUUCGAGUUUCCAUAUAAAAGUUUCGAGAUAGAAGAUAAUUGCGAACUUUGCCAAGAUUGUGCCCCUCUGGUGGGAAAAUUGGAAGAAAUCAGGAAUCUAAUGUUCAAGCUGGGGGAAAAAGCGGUGGCAAAAAUGAACGAAAUUCAGUCCACAAUGUUGCAGUCAUCCUACGACCCUCCGAGAAACGAUAGGGGGAAUGCGAUUUUAAAAAUUCAUGAGGAAAUACUAACCGUGAUAGAAGAAAUAAAUCAGAGAGAAGUUGAUCAUCUAACAAAACCUUUCCUAUCGGACGUUUUCGAAGCGGAAAUAAAAAGGGAACUAGAAAAUGGGUACAAUCGUUACAGCCUUGGUCCGGACGAAUUGUUCGUUAGCUACAUAACUCGUAGAGCACCACCGAAGAGAGAGAUAGAGAUAGAAGAAGAACCAGACUUCAAUUAUUUACCGGAAAUUGUGGAAGAUGACGAUUUCAAUUUCGCCAUAUUCCCGUCUAGUCAGAAGAGGCUGCCGAGAAGGCCGGAAAGCAGUGAGACGUCACGAACGAAACGUAAGCGAGAACCUACUCCCGAAACGGAAAAGCACGAAAAUCCCAAUACAAAUGUCUUAUUAGUCAAGCGUCCUAAAACCACCACUAGUGUGGCGCCAAAAAAAGCUGUAAAACCAAAGAAGCAAAAAUCUCCUCCUUCCGACUCAGAAGAAGAUACAAAAUCUGAUAAUGAAUGGACGCCCAAAACUGAAAACGACACAGACUCAACUCCCUCUGACGAGGAGGGUGUCGAUGAAGAUGAAACAGGUACCGCGGCCGCCCGUACCCACAAGUGCAUGUUUUGUACAAAGGCUUUCACCACGCAAUCCUUUCUGUGUCGCCACAUCAAUCGCGACCACAACAUCGCUUGUCCGGUGACCUCAUGUGAUAGCAAGUUUGCUACCAUGGAAGCAAGGAACUCUCACUUGAAUGUCAUCCAUCCCGACGUUUCGGUAGAGGAGGAGCUCGACCCUUAUCAGUGUCCAAUUUGUUCAACAAAAUGUCGCAAAUCCACUUUUGCCGUGCACAUGGUCAUUCGUCAUGAAAAUGGGGAGAAGAAAUUCCCCUGUGACAAAUGCCCGAAGAGUUUCUGCCUCAUCCAGAAUUACGAGAGACAUGUAGAGUUGCACAAAUUCGACGGGAUCAAACCAUUCGUUUGCGACGUGUGCGAUUCCAGAUUUGCAGACGAAGCGCGGCUACAGCGACAUGUGGCCACGCACAAGUCAAAACCAGCCAAGUGCGAACAAUGUGGGAAGUCAUAUUCUUCGAAGAAGGCGUUACGCAAACACAUGGCCAUCCAUCGUGGCGCGCAAAAAUACGCACGAUGUCCCCACUGUGAUGCUACCUUUUCUCAUACAAAGAGUCUGAAGCGCCACAUUGCCCGCGACCACGCAGCCACCUCUUCCACAGGAGACGACCAAUCUCACCUAUGCCAACUUUGUGGCAAAUCGUUCUAUCUCGCCAUUGAUCUCAAAACGCACCUGGAUCGGCACCAGGGCAAAUUUCAAGUCGCUUGCGACACGUGUGGUGAAACCUUGAGCGACUUGACCACACUGAAAUCGCAUAGGAUCAAAGUCCAUGGAGAAGACCCGUUCGUUUGUGAGGAAUGUGGUCGGACUUUUACGGUUUUGACGGCAUUAAAACGACAUAAGAUUACGCACAUGGGGAUAAAAGAGUUCAAAUGUCCGAUUUGUCACUCCGAAUUUCUCAGAAAACAUGAUCUCCUCGCUCAUAUGAGAAGCCACUCGGAUGAACGUCCCUAUCCCUGCCCACAGUGUGAACAAGCCUUCAAAGUCAAGCACAGUUUAAAAAUCCACAUCAAGCGAGUCCACACUCCCGGCUAUGUCGCCCCCACCCCGCACCACUGCCCACACUGCGGAAAGCCGUUCCACCGACGGUACUUGAUGGAGGGUCAUAUCCGCCAGGUCCACACGGGGGUCCGACCCUUCACCUGCGAUCUGUGCGGAAAGGCCUUUUCCGUCAAGGAGAAGCUGUCACUGCACUUGAGAAAUACUCACGGUAUGGCGAAAAGUCAAAAGAGACGAGUUUAAAGGGGACGAGAGAGAGAUAAUGGCUGAAUUAAUGAAUAUUUAAUAGUUCUUAAUAUAAGCAGUAAAUGUUAACAAUUAGGUGAUUGUAAUAGAUGACGAUUAUAAUAUAAACCAGAACUGUGAGUAGACAGAUUAAUCUCUCCGAUGAAUUAGAACUAGAUUUUGUUAUCUUAUAAAAACGAGAAUAUGUAAGUCAAUUGUACCCAUGGCGCUGUUAUUUUUAUUUUAAAUUUCCUUAGAACACAAGAUAAGAAUUAAUUGUAAUCCAAAAUAGUCUUAUUUUAGUCAUCUAGACUACAUAAUCGUUUUCUUUACGUAAUUUUGUAGUAUUUAUUUAGACAAUCAUUUCUCUUUGAAAAAUAAUCUUAUCUCCAACGGAGAAUUUUGACCCGAUAAUCGACAUAAUAGCUUUACUACCUUUAUUAAUUAUAUAAAUUGUAUUUAUAAAAUUGUUAAUCCUAAGUGGAUUCAUUUGUUGAAGUUAAAUUACAAAUAAAAUUUUCAUUUGUUUAUGAACAA